AUGUCGAUAGCUCCCAUCAUUACCUUCAAAGCAGGUAUCUGUGAUCUGGAUAGCUCCACAACCCCUGCUACUGUGAAACCUAAGCCUACCCCGGGCUAUAUCUAUCUCUACUCCGAAGAAGACUUGGUGCACUUCUGCUGGCGGCCUCGCAGCUCGCCCAUUAACGAGCCCGAUGUCGACCUGGUCAUGAUCCCUACAGAUGGAAGCUUUACGCCCUACACAAAGGACUUGACAAAUGGCCGAGUCUUUGUUUUGAAGUUCUCAUCUAGCUCCCAGAGGUAUCUAUUCUGGUUGCAGUCUCAAUCCCAACAUGAGAAUGGCGACGCGAGCUGGUUCAGCCCCCGAGAUCUGAAGCUUGGAGAGAUUGUCGAUGUCUUGUUGCAGGGCGAGGAAGUUGACGUGGAACAUGAGAUUGCCAACCUCCCCCAAAGACCAUCUGGCGGUGAUGAUGAUGAGACCAUGGAGGAUGUGGAGACAGACCAUGAUGCAAGCCAUCACGGCGCAGGCAGUGGUGGUGCUGGCGCAGACGCCACUGGAGGGGAUAUUCGCGAGGAAGGCCAGGAGUCGCGUGAAGGUGGCGCUGAUGGUGGACGAGCAGCAAAUGACGCUUCCGAUCCAUCCUCAGUUGUCCAGGGUUUCUUGCGGUCUCUAGGUGGUCAAAGCCAGUCUCAAUCGCCGGGACCCGAGCGACCUGCUACAACCCUUCAGGACCUCUUGCCACCCCCCACCACCCUGCCAUUCAUUGAAACCGCCGACGAGUCUACUGCCGAUCAUCUCCUAAGCUUCUUACCACCAGCAUUACUUCUACUUGCCCAAGGCAAUGCGGAAGCCUCGGAGGCGGACACGGACCCAGAGUUGGCCCAAGCGGCUCUUCUUUCUCUCGACCUCAGUCAAAAGAAAGACAUUCUUCGCAAGGUGCUCAGAUCUCCGCAGUUCACCCAAAGCUUAGCUAGCCUUACUGUUGCUCUCCGCGACGGUGGACUUCCUAGUAUCAGUGAAGCCCUGCAGAUUCCAGUGGCCAAUGGAGGAUUUAUGCGUCGGGGCGGUGUACCCGUGGGUGGGGCUCAAGCAGUGGAGGCAUUCUUAGAUGGCGUUCGGCAACAUGUCAAGAAGGAUGAUUCGAAGAUGGAAACGGAUUGA